AUGUUCUGUAAUAUACCUAUGAAUGUUUAUCGUCAAGACGAUUCAGUCAAUACAUCUAACUGCGAUACGUCAAAGAAAAUUUACGGAGCUUUUGUAGAUUUCAAGGAUUAUGCAAGACGUCGCCACAACGGCGGAACUAAAGCAUUUCAUCGUCUUCGGCAUAUAUCAGCCACGUGCAGUAGCAUAAAUGAAGAGAAUCGCAAAAUCUCUGCCGACCAUCAUUUUCUCGAUCUGGAAGAAUCAGAUGAUGACAUUUCGGAUUCUAAAUGCCAAACUCGCCGCUUUAGCGAUUAUGCCAUUUUGCGUCCAUGCAGUGAGCGACAGUUCGAAAUUAUUGCUGCUUUUGAUCGAAAUACUGAUCCUUGUCGAUCGUAUAUGCAAUCACUUGUUUGUUAUGAUCUGGCUCCCUCACAUAGUGCCGUCGUACUCUUGGAUGGAACACUAACGGUGCGAAAGGCACUUUUGGCUUUACAUCAAUCUGGUCAUAAUGCUGCAAUUAUUGUUGAUUCUUCUACGGGCGCAUCGAUAAGUAUUCUAACAAUUACUGAUUGUUUGAGAGCCAUUACACUCGCUGCGGCUGAUAAACCAAAUAUUGGUGAUAGCUUUAUCGGAAAUUUUUUGGAGAAAUUCGGGAAAAAACGGAUUAUUAGUGCUCCUAUUAAUCUUUCGCAUGUCUUUAGUUGGGAUCAGUAUUCAUUUCCCUUUCCAGAGAUGUCAUUAAUGUUCAUUUCACUGAGGUGUUUCAAUAAUACGAUUGCUCGAAAUAUAAUUGGAAUUUUCAGUGUUUGGGAUGCUUCUCGAUUAUUUUGUUUAAAUCAUGUUCAUCGUAUACCCGUAUUCAAAGUCGAUGAAAGCACAAAACAAACUGAUGUACAGUUUUUUCUUUCACUACGUAUGAUUUUCAAAGAAACGAUUUUAAAAUUGGUAAGUAAUUUUUUUCAAAAGUAUUUUGGCGAAAAAUACCCUAUUUAUUUUCGAAUUUUGGUAUUUUCCCUAUUAUUUCAGAUAGAACCACCAUACUUGCCAGUGCUUCAUGUAAAAUUGCGUACAUUGGAAGAAACAGGUAUUGGAAGUUGGGGAAAUGUUAUAUCGGUUUCGAUCGAAUCGUUAUGUAAAGAUGUAAUUGAAAUUUUUAUCACCGUAAAAGUUUCUUGUUUGGCAGUUUUGGAUGAGUUUGGUCGUUUGGUCGGCAAAGUGACAAAAAACGAUAUUAUGAAAGAGCUUGCAAAACAUACGCACUACCUUAGUAUUUUCACUGUUCCAGUAAAGUGUUUGUUUGUCAUUGAUAAAAUUAAUGGCGCACCACUAGCUGCUGUGGCUUUUUAUGAUAUUAUGGAUUAUAUUCUCAAUAUUCCUGAAGUUCGCCAAAAAAAGAGCGUUUAG